CGCAUCUUCAUUAAGCAAACUACAGUAGCAUGCAUAUGCCUUUCCCCCAUCUCUAGCUAGCUAGCUUUAGCCUUUGUGUAUGUAUAAAUAAGCUAUAUAUCCUCUCAUUCUGAUAUAUAUUGGUUAGUUCGUUCUUUCUACUUAUUCAACAAGAAUCAACCAUGCUUGCUCAUCAUCACCAUCAUCAAGUACAGCUACCACCAUCAGCUGCAACUGAGACUACUACUACUACCACCACAGCCCUUCAAGGUUCAACUGCAGAUAUUGCCCUUCCAAAUGAUACCUCUUCUCCUCACUUCCCUUACAAAAGAUUGGAAGGUAAAGUGGCGAUCGUAACCGGCGGAGCCAGAGGGAUAGGAGAAGCCACGGUGAGACUGUUCGCCAGGCACGGAGCCAAAGUGGUGAUCGCCGACGUCCUCGACUCUGUCGGCAACGCCUUGGCACGUUCCCUUUCCUCCUGCUCCUCUUUCCCCACUAGUACCGCGGUCAUCUACGUCCACUGCGACGUCGGGUCGGAGAGCGACGUGGAAAGCCUGAUGGCCGCCGCCGUGUCCGAGUUCGGCCGCCUGGACAUCAUGGUGAACAAUGCCGGGAUCCUGGGCAGCCAGUCGGAGGGCCGGAAGUCCAUCGCGGACUUGGACGCCGACGAGUUCGACUCCGUGAUGCGGGUGAACGUGAGGGGGACGGCGCUGGGAAUGAAGCACGCGGCGCGGUGGAUGGUGGGCGGCGGCGGUGGCGGAGGGUGCAUCAUCUCGACCGCCAGCGUGGCAGGGGUGAUGGGAGGGAUGGGUCCCCACGCGUACACGGCGUCGAAGCACGCGGUGGUGGGGCUGACGAAGAACGCGGCGUGCGAGCUGGGGAGGCAUGGGAUCAGGGUCAACUGUAUUUCGCCGUUUGGGGUGGCGACUUCCAUGCUCGUGGAUGCGUGGAGGUCGAGGGACGACUGCAGCAGUAGUAACGGUGGUGAUUGUGGGCACGGGGUUGUGAGGGCGACGACGGAGGAGGAAGUGGAGGAGAUGGAGGAGUUGGUGCGCGGGCUGGCGAGCUUGAAAAGUGGUGCGACGUUGAGAGCCAAGGAUGUGGCGGAGGCGGCAUUGUAUCUGGCGAGUGAUGAGUCCAAGUAUGUCAGCGGGCACAACUUGGUGGUGGAUGGAGGGUUCACAACCUCCAACAAUUGUGUGGGUUUAUGAAUUCCAUGUAAGAAUAAUUAUUAUUUUAAUUAAGGAUAAAAUUGUAAGUUCGGUCACUCAGUAGUCAAAGUUUGGGUACUGAACAUUACUUUCUAUCCGUCUCUGUUAACAACAUUAGUUUCGGAAUUAGUUUUUGUUGGCACGGCAAACCAAAAUGCUUAAUCACUCCAUUCUAACCCAAAAUGUCAUAAAAAGCGCCGUAAUAUCAGAUAUGCUAACCCAACCUAUACCCUAAUAGCUCAUGAUCCAAUAACACUUCGUUUCGAUCUCCUGCAACCACCCGACCCUCCAGAACCCUCCACCAUCGGCGCUAGGGCUGGAAGUUUGGUAUCGGUAUUUGAGAUAUACCGAAUACCGUACCGAAUUUCUCUAUAUUUGGUAUUACCGAAUACACGUAUUAGUUUUUGGGAUUGGGAUUGGUAUUCAAUUUCAAUUGUUAGUCGGUAUUAGGGAUUACGGGAUUGGGAUCGGUAUAUACCGAAAUACCGAAAUAUAAGCUAAUGUGUAUUUUAUGCUCUCAACUAAACUCUCUCAUUCAAUACUACACGACCCUCAACCACUAAUCUAUUGUUAUUUACAUAACAUAAAAAAACAAACACUAGCAUUAGUCUUCUCUUAGCCUCCAAGUCAUCAAAUCAAAGAUUACCAAAGAUAAAAACUUGAGAUGUCACCUCUCCUCCAUUCUCCUUAUCCAUAUCCGAGCUCUAGCCAAACUCAAGACUCUUUGCUUAGACUCUUUCUCCUAUAUUAAGCAAUCAAAUCUAAUUAAUAUCUUAUUCCAUAAUACCGAUUGGGAUACCGAAGUACUGAUUGGGAUACCGAAAUAUUUAGGGAUUGAGAUUGGAAUUGAAUUUAGGAUGUAAUUCGGUAUUUCGUAUUUCGGUAUUUGGUAUUGGGAUACCGAUACCGUACCGAUUUCCACCCUAAUUGUCGCCAUCCCCCAAUCCACUACCACCAGUGUGUCAUCUUCAACGCCUGAGCCAGAUAUGUGACUGCCAUGUCAGACCAUAUCUUGUGCACAACCAACAUCGACGUGCACUGUGGCCAAACUAGUUCUGACACCGAUCCAGAAUUGACCUCAUUUUAUUUAUAAAACAGGGCCUCUACAUUCUUAGGGUCGGCCCCGUUGUGGACACUCUUCAACUUGAUGAGGCUUUUGCUGCUACCAGAGUUUUUCUUCAUCGCAGAUGAGUACCAAUGUUGUGCUUUUACUUUGCAGGCGUUACUUCCAAUCCAGAUCUCUUGCUUGGCUUCCCCCCAGUGGACGGUGGAAGCAUCUCAUAAGGAAGGUGAAUUUUUUAGAGGAAGACUCGGGUGCUUCAUGUGUUCGAGUUUGCUGCAAAUGUGGGUUGCUUAAUUUGUACACGUUGAUUGGCCUGGAAUGGUUUCUGGAGGGGGUAAACCCCUUUGUUUUUUUCCCCCCCCUGAAUGUUUCUCUUUUCUCUUUGAACUUUGACCUUUCAUUUUGCCAGACAAUAAGUUUAUUUUGCCUUU